UUUUUUUUUUUUAACAUCAUCUCACUUCUCGUCGGCGUAAAGUCACGCAUCAAUGCUAAGUUACCUGAUAUUUAGCUGCUGACCAAACUGCGUUGUGUUUUCUUCUUGGCGUUUGCGAACCGGGGCAUUAAGCUAGCAGGCUAACAGGAAGUGUUACGAGUCUAAAAGCCUAAGCUGAAAUCACCACAUACUUUAACGGUGUCGUUCAGCCUCUGUCAAGGAAAAAAAACCUCCUGAGGAUUUGUUCCACUUAUUUCACCUGACCUCGRCACUCCUGAUCGGAACCUCAGCCACCAUUUCUCCUGAUCUGCUUGAUCUCCAAAAUGGCUAACACAGACUGUGUCAGUGUGAGAGUCUUCUCUUUGAACUGCUGGGGGAUCCGCUAUCUAAGCAAACUCUGUUCUCAGCGCUAUCAAAUGAUUGGAGAAAUGUUGUGCAAAGAAGAACAUGAUAUAGUCUUACUACAAGAGGUGUGGAGCGAGAAGGACUAUCUAUACUUGAAAAAGAAACUUGCCAGUAGCCAUCCUCAUUCUCAUUACUUUAAAAGUGGAGUCAUAGGCAGUGGGCUGGCCAUUUUUUCCAGACACAGAAUUCAUGAUACAUUUCUUUAUCGCUAUUCACUGAAUGGUUAUCCCUACAUGGCUCACCAUGGGGACUGGUUUGGAGGUAAAGCUGUUGGAAUGGCAAUCAUAAAUCUUGGCGGCCUGACUGCAAACAUUUAUGUUACACAUCUGCAUGCAGAGUACUGCAGAGAGAAGGACACUUAUCUAGCUCACAGAGUGGUUCAGGCCUGGGAGCUGCAGCAGUUUAUCCGUCAUACCUCAGCUGGAGCAGACGUGGUCGUUGUAGGAGGCGACCUCAACAUGCACCCUCAGGACCUUGGCUGCAGACUACUGAGAUCUUACACUGGACUGCGAGACUCCUACUUAGAAACUGCUAAAUUUGAUGGUUGUGAAAACGGUAUUACUCUUAUUGCGGACAACCCAUUUAUAAAUAAAAAGGAGCUUGUUCCCUUUGAGAAGGGCAUUCGAAUCGACUACAUCUUGUUCAAGGGAACCUCCAAAACCGACAUUUAUUGCAAUUUCAUGUCCACCACCAAAGGCUCAGUUCCUGACCAUCCGUUCCCGUACUCUGAUCAUGAGGCUCUUACUGCUCAGCUGCAACUGAAGUCCAGCGUUCCAACUGAGGCUGAAAGUAGCAAACAAUCAAAGACUGAAGACUCUCCUGCAGGGAAGCUGGCGGAGCUGGUUGACAUCGUGACAGAGGCUCGCACAGAGGUGAAAGUGGGCUUGCACUGCGCUGAGAGGAUGCGCUACACGGCAGCACGAACCGGAGUGAUGGGCCUGGCUCUGCUGUUCCUGGAGUUGGCCAUCGCGGCGGUUCCCUGCUUCGCUCUGGGAGCAGAGCAGCCUUUCCCUCGUACCUCCUUCUACCUGCUGGCUGCUCUGUGCUUCGCCAUCCUGCUGAGCACCUCUCUGCUCUACAUCUUUUACACCAUGGAGCUGAAGUCUCUCCAGGGGGCUGAAGACCAGAUGAGGCUGGCUGUAGGCGGUCUGCAAGAGAAGCUCAGAGGUUUCCCGUUGGCUCAGCCUCACAAGGUUACACAGAGGCCUCCRGAGGGGGAAAAACUUAAUGCCUUGGACCCGGAGGAAUAACUUCAAAGUAGGCUUUGAAGUCAGUUUUAAGAGGGACAUUUAGUCUGCUCCUAUUAAUCUGUUUUGUGCUUUUGAGAUUUAGAAUUUUGCUGCAAAUGAAUUAUGAUAUGAAACAUUUCUAAAAGUAGCGCAGGACACCUGCUUUGACAUUUUUUAUACUUUUCUAUAGUCCUCUCUAGGCUUUUAUUAUACCUAGACUUCUCUAUUGCACCUGCUAUAUA